UCUGGUAAAGUGGUUUCCAUUUAAACCAUCCGAUGUAAAUAUGUCUUUUCCACAAUCGACCUUUCUACGAGACAAUAUCAUUUUCACGAUUUGUUGCUAUCUCUAGAGCCGAAUAACAAUAAAUCAUAAAACCUCUGGAUAGCCAUGGGCCUCAAACAAUAUCCCUUCGGGGAGUGAGUGCAACAAUGAGGCUCGUGAGUGACCGACAGUUGUCGCUGGUUGUCGCACGAUUGCGUUCGCCAGUGUUCGCAUUCUCGGCACGGUAAACAAGUCGACGAAUUAAUUCGCCCCCGCCGCGAUUUUUCAGACGGGUCGCCGUAAACGUCGCGAAGGUUACGUGACGACUCGCGAUAAUAAUGCGCGACGUAGCUGCAACGCAUAGCAGUCAAGUCGAAUGAUGACGGGUGAUGACGCGCGUCAGCGUACCGGCGGAUCGAAAUAAUGCGAGGUAGACAAGUAUGAAAUAGUAAACAUGCCUCAUGGCUGGAGGCAGGAGCGACGGGAAGCAAAGUGGAAAUUUAGACAAAACGCACCUGUGGCGCUGCCACCGUCGUCUUGAUUUCUCUGUAAAACCUGGGCUUCUUUCGAGUGAUGGAUUCAAGAAGCGAAAGAGUGCGGAGCAUCAUCGCACUGUUGUCAAAAAUGUCAGUCUGUUACAAGACGGCAUAUUGAGAAUUUUUACGGAUUCCUUGCAUUGUGAUCUUAAUAUAAUACAUGGUUAUGAAGUAAUACGAACAAACCAGUGUAUUAUUAGAGCAAGAUCGCCACACUUGUACGAAGUUCUCAAGCCUUAUUUUGUUUAUACUAACAAAACGAUCCAUUGCAUACUUGACAAAGUCGGAAUUUUUCGUCAGAUUGAAGGCUUCGUAAGGCUUCUGUAUAGUAAUCUGGAUUUCACUCGAGAAGAGCAAUUGUUGGUGGAAAUUAUCGUAAACACAAGUUACGAGUGUCAUUCUUCAAAUGAAUCCAAUAUCAGUAUUAUAUCUCAUAUUGAUGAAAGAAUAUGUGAGAAAUGUUUGAUGUCGAAUUGUGAUGAGCAUCAGUACCUGCAAGAGACGAAGGAAUACAUAGCGGAUGCAAUCACUACUUCGUCGGAAAUGGCUGAUUCCGGUCUGGAGACAGGUUCGAUAAGUCCGCAUGAGAAUACGACGUCUGAAAAUUCCAGUACGGAUUUGGAGGUAACACAGACGACGGAGUACACCUCCACUAAUGAUGACAAAUCGCAUCAGUUACGCGAUGAAGGAGUGUGCAACAAAGAAAGCGACUGUAAAAAGCUUCCAGUAGACAAUGAACAUUGUGAGUUACUUAACAACGGCAAUUAUCGCGGGAACGGCAAAACUUGGUUCGAAUCAAGCAGCCACAACGUGACGUAUUCAUCUCUGGAAGCGGAACAUCAGUCUGCAGACUCGGAGAAUGCUCAAAAAGUGAAAUUGAACGUCGAAGAGAUCUUGCAGUACGAGAACAGAGUGUUGAGUGAACCGUUCUACGAGUCGGACUGCGGCAGCGACGAGAACGAAUCCUUCGAAUUUGUCGAGCCUGUCCUCUCGGCGAGCGGCGACUGCGAACAAGCUACCGUCAAGUCUAUAUCAGAUCAGAAAGUGCAGUCUGAUGCUGCAGAGUCGGCGAGUAAAACGGCUGAAACAGAAUUCAACCGUCCUUGCUCUUCUGACGCGGUUAGUCACAAUAAUUCCUCCACGAGUGGUUAUUAUUUCAUCGAUGCGUCCACUCUAAACGACGAGGUGGUGGACAUUGUGCCCAAUGUAGCGAAGAAUCAUUAUCAAUGUAACAAUUACACCAACAAUAAACCAUCAUCACACUUCGCGUUUUUCUCAGAUUACUUAACGAACAAUAAAUCGAAUAAUGCCGUAGAAGAGUGCAAAUUCACGCCGCUCAAAGUACCGACUUUACAAACCGGCCACGAGCGAGUAGCGGAGUUUGAGCGAGAGCUCAAGCUCACCGAGUGUCUGCAUCCACUUCCAGAGUCGCGUAAAGUAAAGCGAGCGGAUUCCGCAUCGGAGGAGAAGGUCGUGGACACAAGCAGACCGGCAGACAAGGAGUCAUUAGCUGUAGAGAUUAAGGAAAAUGACAGUGGGGAAAGCGCGCAUCCGUCCCCGUGUCCUGAUAACACGGAAAUAAGCAACGAUCAGGGCGAGAAAACGGAGGAAACGUCGAACAAUGUCGAGGCAGGUGCAGGAAACGGGCACGAGAAGGAUGCGAAUGCGAACGAGGACAGGCGACCAUCGCUCAUCAGAAGAAAUACGUUUGAGCUCGACUCUAACGACGAGAAAUUAUCUGUUUUGAGACAAGAAUACGAGCGACGGCAAGGUAGUCUAGUUUUUCAAAGCUCCAUUCCGCAAUACUCGGGACAUCGCGUGGACGGAGACUCUAUUUGUCCUCCCGCACCUUCCGACACCGUAGUUCCUCCGAUCACCGAGCCGUCAUCGAUUACCUACACGUCCAAUGUACAGAUCGCCACUAAUACUCAGUAUCCAGUAUCAUAUUUAUUGUUAGAUAAUUGCGAGUACGAGAUCGAUCGGACGCAAAAGCGAGAGAGCUAUCUGCAAGACAGUCUCAACAAGUCAUCCAUAGUGUACCCUGUGACCAAGAGUGCCAGCGAUAAGUCCAUUCUGGACUGUGGCAUGGAUUCGGACGACGCGUCCAACCGUUGUAGCAGUAGCUUACCGGUUACCUUAGACUCUAUCUUGGAGAAGGAUAUUAAUCAGGUGGAGUCUAUGAAGAGAAGCAAACGCGACGAGGCUACUCCGAUCAUCUCUGGUGGCGUCAGCACGUCGGAUUACUCCAAACCGACGGAUAGUCCUACCGUGCGCCGCAAGACGGAGUCUACGCCGAUCGUGUCGGGUGGUUCGGUGAUCAUGAACAAGCCUGAAAUCAAAGCGAAACCCGCUAGAAUGUCUUCCUCCAUGACUGCCUGGGUGGUUGACAUGAGCGACUGCAAUAAAGGCGAUACUAAAUGUCGCGGCAACUCGCGGAACAUGUCGCAGAGCUUCUCGACUUCCGAGUGUGUGAAGAAACCCACGCGAAAAUCCAAUAAUAAUGACAAACAUCACUGUAGUUUAGGAUUCUUCGUCAAUCUGAAGAACGUGCACGAUGUCGAGCCAGUCGAACGCGAUCAUUCGGUUGAAAGGAAGAAGGAACAAACUAAUAACGGUAACAAGUCCGAUAGUACUAGUAGCAAGCCCUACUGUGAAUUUUACGUGGAUAUCUCUGACGGAAGUAACGAUGUUAAAGUUAAGCCACCCGAGAAGCAAGACGUGCGCGUGAAAAACGAUACUUCCAAUGAAGGUGAAAAGAAAAAUAUCUUCUCGAUGUUCAUCGAUUUAAACGAAACAAGCGAGACGAGCAGCGGUGACAUCGUGGCUCCAACGCACAAGCGAAGCUUCUCGACGAUUUCCAAUAAAGCGGACACCAGCAGAACAGAUGACAGUAGCUCCAGGGAUAAUAGCAGUGCUACUGGAGACAAUCAGUCACCGCAGGAGCAAAAGAAAGAGAAAGUUAAGCCCAGCCCAGUCUUCAUGUUUAUCGAGUCUGAUUCUCCCGUAGUGAGAAGGCGGACGCUGUCCACAUCGCGUCCGACGUUCAAACGACACUCGUGGAACGUGGACAAGACGCAGCCGGCGAGCAACAGCAAUGGUUGCGUGGCAAAGGAGCUCAUGUUUAGAAGAGAGCAUAAACGCGCUCACAGCAUAUCUAUAGAUAAUCGCGGUGACUCAAGCCGAUCUCAAGCGAAGACAAGCUCGUCCAGUCACUCAUUGAGCGAUGCUGCCAAAGCGGAAUCUUACAACCAUAAGAAUCCCAAAACUUUGUUGCAGGAGCGUGAGCAUAACUCCAACAACAUGGACACGUCGUCCGAGGACGUGUUUGAAUUUGAUGUAAGGGACACGCCGCCUAACUCUCACGUGGAAAUAGAGAGCGAGGAGCUUCGUGUCAGUGUCGCGAAUCGUCGCGAGUACAAGGAGAUAAUCUCCGGCCAAACGGAAAACCUGGAACUCAGCGAGGCGAAAGCGUACGACGAUGAGUUUUCGGAAACAUCUGCUUGGGAGAAGACAUGCACGGAGAGCACGGAGGGACAGACGCGUAAAAGCGAAACGUUCGAUAUCAGUAGUGGUAGCGGGCCCUCCCCCGACAGUGACAAUCACGAGUACGAGUUGACCGACUUAUUGAACGGCGAAGUUCCAGUUGUCAGCGAUAGAUCGCAAAUAGUUACCACAGGAAGCAGCAAUAAGAUAUCGGAGACUCGCAAGUCGUUGAACGAGACUAUUAAAAAAAUCGAGAGUGAAUUAAAAGAGCCAGACUACAGUAACGAAGGAGCACAGACGUACGACUGCCGACCGUCGAAGAAGGACGAGAAAAUGCUUGGUCGUAAUUCCAAGAGCUUGCACUUAGAUACCGAUAAAACGUCAAGUUCUAGCUUUGUGCGUUUAUCGGAUUUGGAUAAAACGCCAGUUGUAAAUCCAGCCUCGGAUGUGUUGACCUUGAAGGAUGAUAGAAGUACAUAUCGUAUGAGUAACAGUAUCCCGGAGACAUCGUGGAUAGAGAGCAAGUUAGCAAUGACAAGAAACAGCGGUCCAGUCAGACCGGUGUCUAGGAAACUUGCUUCUGUUAUGAGCACGUCCCUUCCGUCGAAACAGAAGUCUCCAUUGGAAGAUUUGACCGGUGACUGCGAAGGAGAAGGAAUUAUUUCAGAAUCCGAUCUUAGCAGUAUGCAAAGUAGUAUGGGACGUUCUGGAGCGGAAGGCAGCACAGAGGAGACUGAAACAUCAAGUAUAGCUGGCGCAAAGCCAUAUAAUAGAUUGGGCGAGGAUUUAUUAAGGAUGUUCCUGGAAGAAAUCAACCCUGAUGUUACGAUAGACGUAGCCGGUCGGCAUAUAAGAGCACACAAAUGUAUACUGAGUUCUCGUUGCCAAUACUUUGCUGCGAUCCUGAGCGGUGGAUGGAUUGAGAGUGCAGGCAAUGUUAUUUCUCUACAAGGAUAUUCCUAUAAUGCAGUUCAUUUUGCAUUAUGUCAUAUCUACAGCGGAGAAAGUAAUAUACCAGAUUCUAUAAGUAUCGUUGAACUGGCGACGUUGGCUGAUAUGUUGUGUUUGGAAGGUCUCAAAGAAGUUAUAGAAUACACACUUAAACUUAAAUACUGUCAUUUAUUUCACAAGCCUUGCCAGAUAUGUGCUGUUGGAGUUUUGGAGUGUAUGCCAUUAGCAGCAGCAUAUGGUUUGGAUGAAGUGUAUCGAAAAUCAUUGAGAUGGGUUACAAAGCAUUUUGUACGAAUAUGGCCAUGCAAGGCGUUCGCAACUCUUCCGAGAGAACUCAUGGAGAAGUGUUAUCGUCAACAUAUAGUACAUAUGUCCACCGACAAUGUACUUCAAAUUAUGAUGGACUGCGAUAAAUUAUUGGCCACUUUACCCAAUGUGCGAUGGGCAGAGCCAGUCUUUCGGCUAGUGUCGAGACUACUAGAGAAGUCAGUGAAAUUCCUGUCAGAGAAUUUUGUGGGAGUUUUGGGAAAUGAAAAUUUCCAGUCACUCGGUCGCGAAUUGACGUGGAACAUUAGCCGCUUAGAGGAUAAUUUUCUAGCAGCCGUUGAACAGUUACCGCCCGAACAAGCGUGUAAGAGUUAUUCAAAAUUGAACAAAAUGUUACUUGCGUCGCAAACAGACGAUCUUCAAGAUAGGAUCAAGUGGGGACCGUUGUUCGUCGAUUUCCUGCACAAGCUCCAAGGUCGCGUAGAGAAAUGUCUGGUGCGCGACGCAGCACAUGCCGCUAGGACUACUACGUGGCUGAAAAUGGACUUGGAGCUUCGCAGAAGAAUACAAGAGUUGGCCUGUAUCGUGAUCUUGCCCAAUGAGACUUCGAAACGCCAAUCUAAACCUUUGAAUUUCUCGAAAGAAUCUCGUGCACCGCCUAGUCGCUCGACGAUAAGUCGCAGUUUAGAUUUAAAACGCUUCAAAAUGGCAAUCUCAGAGCACAAUGACAAAACUAUAAAGCAAACACCACCACCACCACCACCGGCUAACAAACAAAUAAAGAAGGUCCUAUGUAAACCAAAAACUGAUCCACUUGAACGUAAAAUGCAAGAGGAUAAGCAAAUUACCAACGAAACCAUUAGACCAAAAUCUUGGCCCAACAAGAUGGAGUGUAAACAAUUACAGGUAAAAUCCAGAUAUUUGGAACCGAGAAACAAAUCAGUUCCGAAAGAGAGUGCACCAACGACGCAUCACGAUAAGAUCAAUGUGCAACAACGACGUAAGAUUAUGAUCUCGUCAUCGGACUCAUCGCGCACUUCCAGUCCAGCGAUGAAACGUGCAUCCGACAAAAAACCACUGGCUAAAAUAAAGUUACCGGUGAAGAAAGACGUAAAGGCCCUUUCGUCGGAUAGUUUAACGGAAGCAAAUGCGAGUCGAACCAGUAAUAAGAGAGACUUGAUCAGUAAGAGUUGCGGCAUCACGAGACCCGAGUCCCCUUCUUUCAAACAGAAAGGCACCGAUAUAGGUUUAUCGGUGGAUUCUUUGGAGACUAAAAGUAAGCCGAUAACCACUAAGAAGAAGGUUAGCAAAAUGGACACAUCUAUGUCCACCGAUAGUCUUAUGACAGAAAUAACGGCGACUCCAAAGUCCAAUGUGUCUAAUAAACUAUCACCUACGUUGACGAAAAUCGCGGGCAAGACGCAGGCUUACGAUAGGACGAAGAAAAAUUCGCCACCAACGCAGCAAAGAAGUCCAUUAACAAUUACCAAAAGGACACCGAGAUCGCUGGAAAGUUCUACUGCUGCCAGUCGUAGUAGAGCCGCCGCUGUCAACGCAUAUCACGGUUCACCGAGUUUGCGGAGGAGCUUGCUAGAUGCUGCGAGGACGCCAGACGUUCCUAGCAAACCAAUUAACACGAUGACGCCUUUUAGGGCGCGGCAGAUCGCGCAGUCGAACGUUCUUCCUAAUACGAGAAGAGAGAGAAAGGAGACGCAGAAUUCACAGAGUUCUGAUAGUCCCAGCAAGAAAUCUUCUCCAAAGUCCAGCGUUGCCAAUAAGACAAACAAAUCAACGGUUGCCAGUAAGAGAACCGUUAACGGUAAGAUCGAUGACAAGAUGAAAAAAUGCCAUAAUGGAGAGACGCAGAAGCAACCUACAGUAGGUUCGAGAUCAGGUACAUUUCUCAAAGAUGAACCUACGAUACUUAAGAAGGUAGACAUUAAGUCAUCGCAAAUUAAUACUUAAUGCUAUUAACAGCUGAAUAAUUGAAUUGGGAUUGGAUGCACAUUGUUGACGGGAUAUUUCUACUAUCUAUCCUCGUACUGGAAAGUAUCGCAUACCAUAACAAAAAUCUGUUGUUUAUGAGAAAUUGGAUUAAAUAUAUUAUCAAUUAGAUGAUUUCACUAACAUGAAGUUAUUAUAUUAAACUUUGUAAGGUAUUAAGAGAAAUUUUCUUGCAUCGUAUAUUAUGUUUAUAUAUAUAACUUCAAUGUAUAAUUUGUUUUUUAUUACAAAAGUUUGUACAUGAUUACCUGUAUGUUAACAAUCUUUCGCCAUCAGUGUUUGGUAACUUUUGUAUUUUUGCAUUCCCGUGGUUUAAUAUAUUCUCAUUUACUACAUGUUUAAUGAAUUUAACAUACGUCGACAAUAUGCAUUAAGUUUCUUUUUUAUAUAUACUUAAUGAAUGCUGAUUGUGUGAUGGAGGACUGUCGCUAGUAACUGCGAACGUGAUAAUUCCAAUUGGGGAAUCGUAUUACAUGUAAGAUAGAAAUGUAAUUCUAAUUUAAAGAUGCUUGUGGGAUUAUCGUUAAAGAAAUAUGGUCGAGCUGCAUUUACUAGUUAAUUAGGAAAUGUGCUAUGAUUAUCUUUCGUGACGCUAAAAACGGCAAUUCAAAUGAUAGAACAGUCUUAACAACUUUUGAGUAAACAAAUUUUUCAUACUUCCUACUCAUUUAAUGAUAUAAUAAUGCAAGUCAUAAAAUUUCAUCGAUGAAUAAUCAAAUAUAGAGAUUAUUUUCGAAAAGAAUGUACGUUACUAUCAAGUCUUUGUUCUUUGUAUAUAAUCCGCACUCGAUCGUUAAAAGAUCGAAAAAAUUCAUUAUUUGUUUUCAAGAAAUUAAAAUUUUUUAAUUUAAUCUUUUUAGGAGUCUCUUACUUUGGAACGUUUUUUUAAAUAUAAUUUUACUGGUUUUUGCAUUGUACUAUUUUUGAAUCAAAUGAUUGUUUAUUUAAUUUUUGUAUUUUUACGUACACACAGACAGUUGGAUCAUGAAAUUCUCAAAAUCUAUAUUAAAUAUCUAUUUUAUUCCAACUGUGCACAAAAUAAAAACAAGCGCAGUAAAGGAUUAAUAAAUUAAUUGGUAUGAAAAUAUGAAGUUAUAUGGCGAUACUGCAUAGUAAUUCUACAAAAAAUUCUCAAGGAACAGUUUAGACAAGAACAAAGAUUUGCGUGUAUGAGGAAUCAAGUUGUACUUUUCUUGGAUUACUCUGUAUACUGCACAAUUAGAAUAUAUGUGAAAAAGUACGAUCUUUGAUUAUGGACGGAUAUGUGCUUAAACAAAAAGAUCUUUGACUACAUAUAUGCAUUAAUGUCUUGUAGUACUGCACAUGCAGCAUCUCGUAGUUUAUAGAUAAAAAAAAAGAUGACCAAUUACGCGAUUUGUUUAGACAGUUCUUCCUUUGUAUCACAUAUAUACGCCAUAUCACUCCGAAUUAUAAUAAUCCGAUAUCAAUUUCAUUAGAUGCUGUUCAGUUAUUAUUAAUUGAUGUUGCCAUUUUAUGAACUAAUUCUGAACGUAAGUAGGAAAACUGCAAUUUUUGUCGCUUGCAGUCGUUUAUCAAUGAAUUGUGUAUACACGUAACCGAUGUAUUUAUUUAUUAAAUUUCUAUCUCUAUUUUGCAAUGUA